GAAUUGAUCUGAAAUGCAAAUCUUCAUUCAAAACAACAUGGCGACUACCAUGGUAAGCAGCGUGUUUUCUAAUAUACCAAAUUUCAGUGAUUUGAUUGAUGAUCCUGAAAUAUUUCUUAAACAGAAUUCAGGUAAUCAUGAAAGUUUCAAAAGGAUUUCAAAAAAAAUUUAUGAUUGCAUCGUGUCAUGCGAUAUAACAGCUCCAAAAUACAAAUCAUUAAAGAGUUUAUUGAUUGAUGGAUUUGAUGAUGAACAGGUGUGGCAACAACUAGAAAUACAAAACAAAAAUGUUGUUCAACAUUUGGAUAAAUGGUUACCUAAAAUUGCUUCUGAUGAUGUAUUUAAUGAUAUGCAUAACACCCCUUCAGAAGAAGAGAUGGAGCAAGAUGCGGAGUUUUCUGAGAAUGAUUUUACUGAGGAAGCAGAAAAAAAUGGAAACACUUCAGCUAGUAAAGAAAUUAUUGAAGAUGAAUCUGAUUUCGAUGAAAUUAAAGAUGAAGUAAAAGAAAAGAAUAAAAAUAGAAAUUCGAAAUUUAAAUCAAAAGUUGAUGAUCAGUUUUUCAAAUUGUCAAAACUUGAAGAAUUUCUUCGGCUGGAAGAUUUAAAAGAAGAGAAAACUAGAGAUGAUGAUGAGAAUCAGGAAUCGGAUGAUGAUGAAGAAGAAGAAGACAUUGAUUUAUUUCAUGAUAUUUCUGAUGAUGAUUUAGACGAUUCAGAAGAUGAAUCUAAUAAAAAAUCCAGUAAAGAUUAUAUGUAUGAAGAUUUUUUUGACAGUCCGGAAUCAGGAGAUGAAAAUGUGAAACAGCCUGAUGAAGUAUCCGAUUUCGAAAAUGAGGAGUUAGAUUCUGAUGAUGCAAAUGUUCUCUCGCAAGAGGAAGACAGUGAAAGUUUGGACGAUGAUGAAGAAGAAAAAGCUUCAAAUAAUAAAUCAAAAACCCCAUUUGAAAUGGAACAAGAAAGGAUAAAGGAACAAAUAUCAGAGUAUGAAGAGAGCAUGGUUACUCCAAAGCCUUGGCAAUUGACUGGUGAAGUUGAUGUUAGUAAACGACCUGUAGAUGGACUUCUGGAUUUGCCCACAGAUUUUGAACUAAAUGCAAAACCAAUCAUUAUACAAGAUAAGGAAUUCUGUGAAAAACUAGAAAAUAUGAUUAAAAUGACAAUAAAAAAUAAGGCUUAUUCUGAUGGCGUGAGACAAGAGAAACCUGUGAAGGAAAUAAUCAGCAUGAAAAAAGAAAUUGUUAUUGACCAGAACAAAAGCAAAAAAGGAUUGGCUGAAGAGUACGAGGAGUUGUAUCUCAAAAAACAAAGUAAACAAGAAGAAGAAGAAAAUCCAAAACAUAAAGAAAUACAGAAGUUUAUGGAUUCAUUAUUUCCUGAAUUAUAUGCUUUAUUCAGCCAUAUACCAAAACCAGCUGUUCCAGAUAUAAAAAUUGUAAGCAAUCUACCAGCUGUAACAGUUGAAGAAGUUGCUCCUACAAGUUACAGUGAUGUCACAUUAUUGGCACCAGAAGAAAUAAAGAAACGAACUGGCCUCACAAAAGGUCAAACAGAAAGAACAGAAACUGAUAAAAACCGAGAGAGGAGAAAGAAAAAAUUGCAUCAGAAAAUGAAACAAAAGAAAAUGGAAAAGGAGAAUGCAGAUGGCAAACCUCUUUCAUCAAAAGCAACAAAGAAAGAAAAAUUACAGGUGUUGAAGAAAUUAAAGCAACAUAAAAACACAAAGAUAGCAAGUGUGACUGAGAAAAUCAAGUCUUCAAAAGACUUCUUUGAACGUUUGCAGGAAACUGUCUCCACUAAAGUUAAUAAAAGUGAAGUUAAGCAAGCUAAAAAGAAGAAGAAGAAAGUAUAAAAUAUGUGAUAUGUAUUCUUUAAUUUUGUAAAUAUGUUAAUAAA